GGACUUGAGCGCAAGUGUCCACCUACGCCAUCAAAUCGGUUACCUUCUUCCUCUUCCUCCUCCUCCGCCAAGUCUUCCUUCUCGGACUCGCGCCAUCUCUCUCGGACACCGCCGGACCAGUCAUCACCAUGGCGAGUGGUUCAAACCUCGGACAGUCAACCAGGUCUGCCUCGGGCCCCUCCUCCUCCUCCAUCAGUUCCAGUCGAAGACUCUAAUUACUUGGAGAAGAGGGAUGGGGAGGACCAGGAUGGCUCCACCUCUGCCGCCAACACCCUUACUCAGAGUAUCCGUGCCUCUUUUAAUCCCCUCAGCUGUAGAGAAGCAACCGCCGAAAAUGAUCUCAAUAGUCUCCUUCGACAAUUGGAGGAGGUGGAGAAUACGAUGAAACAAUUGGAGCAGGAUGACGGCGGAUUCACGAGGCGCUACAGUCUUGCCUCGUCAUCAACCACAGAUCCAAACACGGGGUGCAAUCCAAGUCCUGCACCAGACGCACCUGAGCAGGUCACAACUUCGUCUCCAUUACCGCUUGCAACCAACGGUCACAGCCACAUCAUUAAUGCUGAUCAGCUGAAUGCUGAAAGAGUCGCUAGAAAACCAAUGCCGAUCCCACCAAGCGUCCCCCUACGCCCACCCUCUCCCUCAAAUACGGACUACGAGUUGGCUGACGAUACUUCUGUGGCUGCUCUUCUCGCUCCUUCCGUCGCCAUCUGCACCAAACCCACCAACAUGGUUUUACACGAUGAUGAUCUUGUUGACGAGGCACAGGGGGAAAGAGAACAACGGAAUGAUUUGCAACGUUAUUGCUCAAUGGAGGUGGCGUCGCCCUCGAACCAGACACAAGCCAAUCGGUUCUCCUCCAUAGACUCUGCUUCCGUUAGACGGUCAUCAUUGGCUGCUCUUCGACCACCACCACCACCACCACCACUGCCAUCGCCUCAGAGUCCUCUCGGCAGUAGCAAUGAGGUCUCCCUCUCCGACAAGUCUGUGUCUGAAUUCCCGGAACUCUUCAAAAAGCUCAAUCAAGUAGUUGACUUGGCAGAUCGACUUCAGUUGAACAAGGUCCUCUACUACAGUUUGGAAAAUGCAUUAAUUGAAGUGCUGACACCCUGA